GGCCAGCGAGCGAGCGCGCGCUCUAUGGUCUCAGAAGCGGGUAGGCCGGUUGUGGUGCAUUGUGGGAAGGGAGCAGAGAGGAGGGAAAAGGAGCGACUAUGGCGGAUGGUGCGGAGCCGGAGAAGAAAAGAAGGAGGCUAGAGGAGCGGCUGCUCGCGGGAGAGAGGCAGAGAGAGAUGGGAAUGGCUGUUGAUGGUGGGUGUGGGGACAAUGGAGACUGGGAAGGUCGCUGGAACCAUGUAAAGAAGUUCCUCGAGCGAUCUGGACCAUUCACACACCCUGAUUUCGAGCCAGGCACUCAACCCCUUGACUUUCUGUUAAACACGUGUAAAGUUCUAGUUAUUGGAGCAGGAGGAUUAGGAUGUGAACUCCUGAAAAAUCUGGCAUUGUCUGGUUUUAGGCAAAUCCAUGUCAUCGACAUGGACACUAUUGAUGUAUCUAACCUGAAUAGGCAGUUUUUGUUUCGACCCAAAGAUGUUGGACGGCCUAAAGCAGACGUUGCUGCUGAAUUUCUGAACAGUCGAAUUCCUAAUUGUGCUGUUGUGCCACAUUAUAAAAAAAUUCAGGAUCUGGAUGAUACUUUCUAUCGGCAAUUUCAUAUAAUUGUAUGUGGUUUGGACUCAAUAAUCGCACGAAGAUGGAUAAAUGGCAUGCUGAUAUCACUUUUAAACUAUGAAGAUGGUGUGUUGGAUCCAACUUCCAUUAUACCUUUGAUUGAUGGAGGAACUGAAGGUUUUAAAGGAAAUGCUCGUGUGAUUAUUCCCAGCAUGACAGCUUGUAUUGAAUGCACUCUUGAACUUUAUCCACCUCAGGUGAAUUUUCCUAUGUGUACAAUCGCGUCAAUGCCUCGGCUACCAGAACAUUGUAUUGAGUUUGUCAGGAUAUUGCAGUGGCCCAAGGAACAACCUUUUGGAGAAGGUGUUGCACUAGAUGGAGACGAUCCAGAGCACAUACAGUGGAUUUUUGAGAAAUCUUUAGAAAGGGCAGCACAGUUCAAUAUUAAAGGUCUAACCUACAGGCUCACGCAAGGAGUUGUGAAACGAAUCAUUCCAGCUGUAGCUUCCACAAAUGCUGUCAUUGCAGCUAUAUGUGCCACUGAAGUCUUUAAAAUAGCCACAAGUGCAUACAUGCCCUUGAACAACUAUUUAGUUUUCAAUGAUGUAGAUGGACUCUACACGUACACAUUUGAAGCUGAAAAGAAGGAGAACUGUCUGGCUUGCAGCCAGCUCCCUCAAAAUAUAGAAUUUUCUCAGUCAGCUAAACUGCAGGAAGUUUUGGAUUAUUUAACAAACAGUGCUUCAUUACAGAUGAAAUCUCCAGCAAUAACAGCUACAGUGUAUGGGAGGAAUAAGACCCUUUACUUACAGUCAGUAGCUUCAAUUGAAGAACGGACAAGGCCAAACCUUUCAAAGACUUUAAAAGAACUGGGACUUGUUGAAGGUCAGGAACUUGCAGUUGCAGAUGUCACUACACCACAGACUGUGCUCUUCAAACUGCAUUUUACUACUUGAUAUAAAUGCAAGUGAUGUAAACACACACUGAAGAAAGCUUGCACGUCUUGUAAAAUUACUGUUGUACACUAGGAGGAGGGGAGAAAAGAGUUUUCCAGACCUAUCCCUGUUUGUACAAGCAUUGCUGGAAGUUAGUUUAUUCUGAAUAAAUUGCUCUUAUUUUAGAACUGUCCUUGAAAACCAAUAUUUGGUUGAAGUUAUCUGUAUAAAGGUUCAGCUAAUGUACAGAAAUUUGAUAUACACCAGUAAUAUUUUCAAUUUGUAUGCACAUUAAAGAAUGCCAACACUCCUUCCUCAAGUGGAAACUCUACAUGUGCUUCAAGAGCCAAUCUGUUAACUACCAUAAAAUGUCUGGCUGACAUCCAGACUAAUACCAUGUUGGAGCCAACAGUGUUUUCUGUCAUAGGGUGGGGAGAGGACAGAGAUGAUUUUGGUGAUUUCCCCAAUGUUUCUUCUGCAGCAUCUGUGACUCCCCAGAACUUGUUUGUGAGGGUUGUGGGACCAUCUGGAACAUAUUUUUUUUGGGAGGUGCAGGGUACUGCAGAGAAAACAGAUCACCAAAAAAUGCUGCUGCCACCACACCCACUGUGAUGGAAAAUGCUGCUGUGUUAGCGUAACGUUAUUCUGGAUGGUGGUCUCAUUGUUCACGAUGACAAAGUGAAGCAAGAUAACUUUAAAUUAAAUUUUAGAAUAUAUGUACAGUUCUUAAAAUCAGACUACCAAAUAGUAGUCUAAAAAAAAAAUCCUGUUUCUUGCUCUAUGUAAUGUAUUUACUAAGAUGCAUAUUGGGCUGGUUCUGAUGAUACAGUUCCUGGCGCACAUAAUUAUGAUGGGGACACACUCAAAGUGCACCUGUUGAGACAUCCUCUGCGGACAUCAUGAUGCCUUCUUGGUGUAUUCCUUUAUGUGGGGCUGUUCAUCUCCAUGACUCUGCUACACAUGCUCCAAAUAUUUUUUGAACAAGUAUCUGGAAUGCUUGUAUAGGGGCUAUUAGAACAAACAGCCACAAGAUAAAGGGACAUGCCAGGAUGACAUCAGAAUGUCUGCAGAGGAAGUCACAAUGGUUGUCCUUCCAGUGUGCUCCCUUCAUAGUUAUGUGUGCCAGGGACUAUAUCAUCAAAACUGGCCUCUGAAGUAUUGCCAAAUUUUACUGUAUUUUUUCAAAAUGUGGGGAAAUUUUUACUUAAAACUAUCACCUGUACAUUAAAAUUAAACACUUCAUUUGUAUAUUUGCAGUUAUUAGUGACUGUUGUGCAUGGUGUUGCCCAAUGGUAUUCAGGAUUGGUGUUUCACUGUUAGGCUAUUUAUUAAUAAAAAUUAUAUAAGAUACUUUAGUCUGUUAGCAUGUCACUGGUGCCUGUUAGGACGUAAGCACAACUACAAAAAGUGAAAGAAAGUCUAAUGUAAUUAUUUUAAAAAAACUAAUAAAGCCUUCUCCACAUGUAUGUU